AAUCAUAAUCUGCAACUUGACUUAUAAGUAGGUUUAAUCGAGAAAACAAAAAGACUCGUAUCCAGGGAGUUCAUCCAUUUUGUUACAUUGACGUUCGGUCAAAGUAACAAAGUAUAUAUAGUCAAAGUAUAUAUUCCCUCCUUUACAUAAGUAAGACACAAAUUACAUUUAAGUCACGUCUUAUAGUAAAAACUCGAGGGUAUCAAUAACGUACGUAUUGUAGAUUUUAUGAAAUAUAUUUACAAUAGACUUAUGGUUUAGUUAAUUUACUUUUAUUACACGCCUUAUUGAAAGAUGUCGCGCAGUGCGUAAGCUAAAUAUAAACAACAUUUGACCUACUUCCUGAUUACACCUGACACAGGUAUGCUUUGACUUUGCCCAGGUAAAUACAGGUAAAUAGUGGAUACGAAGUGCCUCUUUAUCAGCCAUCGCGUUAAUGAAUAACCAGAGACGAUGAUUAGAUACAACCCGAAGACGAAAAACUUGGCUACCUCGUUGAAAAUACUCGAUUAUGACGAUGAGGCUCGACCGUAUGAGCCGCGAUACAAUAUGGCGACAGGCGGUGGUACAUUAGACAGCCAACUUCACUCGGGAGGUUCAAGCGAACUAGUAAACAGACGUGGACAGACACCAUGGACUCCGAGCAACUAUACUCAACGACAGGACAAGUGCCAUAGAUGUGCUAAACGUGUAUAUCCAGUGGAAAAAGUCUGCAUAAAAUUAGGCAUUGUUUACCAUCGGCAGUGCUUCCGGUGUAAAGUUUGCGGAAUACAGUUGACAAUUAAAAACUUUCAAUGGGUUGACGAAGAAAGCUCGAGCAUAGACGGGGAUGGAGCGCAGCGAGAGGUGUUCUGCGAAGGGCACGUGCCAAAAAAUACGGCGAGAUUCGGAAAAGAUGCAUUGGGGAUCCAGUCAGCUUUGCAUGCUCCUAAAGGAACAGACGCUUACAAUCCACAGAUCCGGGGCAUAUUGCAGAAAAAAGGAUGGGAAUACGACAACAAAGCUCUGGAGUUUGACCACAUACGGAAUCUGAGCCAGCAGAACACGACAAGAACACCUCUAAGAACCUAUGACGAUUUUGAGAAACAUGGAGUGUUUGACGCACAGCAGGCUCUGGAAGAAAAGCACAAAGAGGAAGAGGAUAGGCUCUACAAGCAGAUCUUUGAGGAGAGAGAGGGGGCAAUCAGAAAGAUGGAUGAGAAGCUUAGGGAGGAAAAGGAGAAAUCUGUUUUGGAACUCAUUGAGUAUUUUAAUAGGCGGGAGGAAGUUGAAGGCUACAGCGAGGAGCUAGACGAGCAGAGAGAGAAGCGACUGAGGGAACUGGAUGAUGUCUACAAAGACAAACGCGAGGAAAGGUUGAAGAAGCUGCUUGCAAAGCUCGCCAUGGAUGAACGUGCCAGGGUUUCAGAUAUCGUUGAAAGGCACGCACAAGAGAUGUUGCUGCUUCUUGCGGAUAAGGAUCGAGAAAUUCAGGCUCGAGAAAUAGAUGGUGAGGAGUUUCCUCCUGGGACUGAACCAUGGACCAAACAUCGGCCUGGUUCAGAGGCAGAACAUGGUGAUGAGUUAUAUCUCCCAGGAGAACAUUCUGGCGCAGAUGACUCCUUUCACUUGGGUGCUGAGGCCUCGGGCAUGUCCCAUGAGAGACGUGGUUCAAAUGGGUCUGGAUCAAGCUCCAUUUACGACCCGGACCAAGACCCAAGACAUCGUGGUGCCAGGCGUCAAGAAAGCAAAGGUGUAUCUAGGUCAGACUCCAAAUCAUCCCGCGGGCGAUCCCGGGGCUCUAAGUAUGAUCCAGAAGCAAGGGGCUCAACAACUCACUGGGGGACAGACAGUCUGAGUAGACGACGGUCAAAACGUCAUAGUUCAGGUACUCAUGAUGGCGACUUUGAAGAAGACGAUGACGUAUUUGGAGAUGAAGUCAAAAUGCGUGAGAAGGGUGUAAAAAGGCAACCUUCUACAGUUAGUAGUGCCACCCAGAAAAGGCUGUCCUCAAUGAGCCAACCAGGUUCUCCAAGAGCUGAAAUGCCCUUUGAUCAUUCCGUUGUACCGGAUGUUGCUCCGCCACAGUUUGGGAAGGAAAAAAUCUAUGACUCGCCAGAAAUAUUUCAGAAAUUGGAUAAACAGGCCAUCGAAGUUUCCAAACUUGAACACAACAACUUCACUGCAUUAGUAAAAGCUUUGACAAAAGACUGUGGAAGUGAGCUCGAAAAAAUAAGGGCAAUAUUCAGAUGGAUUACCGCUAAGGACUUAAGCAGGCUGCAGUUUGACCAGUCCAUUCAGUCUGACUCUCCACUUGGGAUUCUUAGGGGAAUCAAGUAUGGUACAGAGAGCUAUCACGACUUACUCAAGAGACUUUGCAGUUAUGCUGGUAUGCAUUGUCACAUUAUCAAAGGUUACUCUAAAGGUGCUGGAUACAGACCAGGGAUUCGUAUUGACAACAAACACUUCAGAAACCAAUGGACUGCAGUGUGUAUUGACGGGCAAUGGCGGUUCGUCAAUUGCAACUGGGGGUCCAGGCACGUCAAAGCACGAUCGGGACAUGACAAAACACGUUUAUUCUAUCGUUGUGACGAGUUUUAUUUUCUAACAGAUCCCCGUCAGCAUAUCCAUCAGCAUUUCCCUGAUGACCCUGCAUGGCAAUUACUUCCAAGGCGUCUGACGUUGGAGCAAUUUGAGCGUCUGCCAUUGUUGAAAUCACCAUUCUUCAACUACGGAAUGUCGUUUGUUGUGAAGACAAGUGCAAUAGUUCAUUCCGAUGACGGCAUCGCGGAAGUUGAAAUCAAGAUGCCGAAACUCGUCGGCUUUUCGUGUACCCUUGAGUUACAUGACCGCAAAAUGAAGCAAUUGAUCUUGGCUGGACGUACUAUGAUCAGAACAAUUGACAAUGUUGCAAUCUUCACGGCCCAUCUACCAAAAUCUGGUAAAUUUAUUUGGGAUAUUUACAUCACCGAUGACUGGCAGUCUGACUCUAUGGAGCACGCCUGCUCUUUUCUGAUUGUCUGCUCAGGUGUGAGAGGACAUCUCCCGAGAUUCCCAAAUGUAGGUCAGUUUGGGAGAACACCGCUGAUGCGACUAAUGGGAUUGGCUGAAGAUGAGCGGCAAGACCACGACCCUCUUAUUCUUUGCAAAAACGAAGAACUUUUCCUUUCGUUUGAGGUUGAUGAGCAGCUUGUAUUUUCACACACUAUGAAACUGUUUGACAGCCAUAACAAAUCGUUUGUAGAUCAAGAUAGGUUUGCUGUGCUUAUCCAAAUGGACGAGGCGAACUGUGUCUAUGCCGUGAAAUGCCCAACCGAAGGGUUCUAUGUGCUCUCGAUAUUCUGUACGGAUGAUCCGAAAGGCGAGGCCAUGGAAUGUGUAUAUAAAUACCUGAUUGAUUGCCAGAUGGCGUUCUCAGGUGCAACUCCUUUCCCUAAAACCUCCAGAAGAUGGCGCGACUGUGCUUUACAUGAGCCUCUUAAUGGCAGCCUGAUGGGGAGCGAAGAUGUGAAAUUCCUGAUUGAAUCGCCUCUAGCUGUUAGUAUGGACGUUAAACUCUUAGAUAAAUUCAUUCCUUUGAAACGAGAAGGGGACAAUUGGGAAGGCACCAUAUCGACAGGAGAAGAUGCUGAGAAAUUGAUGGUGUUCGCUAAAUUCAAUAAAAGUUCCAAUAAACUGAUUCCAAUGUUGGAGUAUGAGAUUAGACAUUCCAGGAGAGAAUCUGCCUUUUAGGGUCGAUUAAACACAAAGGUCAUUCCAUUGCGAUCAUUAUGCCAAUGACAUCACGAAUACCAUAGUAGUAACCUUACAAAGCUAUGUGUUUUUAUGUCACCACUUGUGACAUUGUUACAGUCUCCAACGUUUUUCUAGACGGUCUGCGUCUGUAACAAUCUGCGUUCGGCUUUUGUAACAUGUGGCGUCUAUAACAAUUUGCAAUAAUUUAAAAGGUGGUGACUCAUGUUGAUGCCUUAUUUAGAAAUUUAUGCAUUUUGAAUUGAACAGGGUGCAUCAUAAAAUAUUUUUGAUGGUGAGAACACCUGGUGCUUUUUUGCAAAAUGAUGUAAUACACAGAGCCUGGUGAUAAGUUAAUUUUAUGAUAUUUUUGAUGGUGACAAUACUGUAUGCAGUAUUAAGGUGUUUUCUCAAGGCAGAGACGCUGAAAUGGGGAAGUGAUUAUGUUAUAAAAUGUGAUGAUUCUGUAUCCAGAAAUAUAUUCAUACGUGCCAUAACAAAUUAUUAUUUACAAUCAUGUUCUGUAGUUGUAGGCUUGUAAUUGUAUGACUUAAUUUUAACAUAGACAAAAUAUAAAUGUGCUAUGAAUGUGAA